AAUACUUUUGCUAGAAAGUAUCUAUAGUGUUAAACGUUUGAUAAUUAUUAUUAUUUAAAACAAAACUUGUAAAAAUACAAAUAAUAUGAAUAUAAUUCUUAAAAACAGAGAUGUACUUUAUUGUAAUAUGUUUCGAAAGUUUGAUAACAAAGCUGUUUCUAUAUAGGUUAUACUUGAUCUUACAGUAGAUAAAACUUAACCCUUAACUGGUGACAGAGGAAUCUUAUCUCAAUUCCACUUAGUAUAAUAAACUUUCAAUGUAUAAUUAUGUUGCAAUAAUUGUACAAAGAAUGAAAUAUAAUAAGUUAAGAUUCAUGCUUCCACAGCCAUUUGAUUGUCAUUUCUUUUAAAUUGCUCUUUACAAUAUUAUAUUUAUAUUUUUACUCAUUUAUUCUGUAUAUUUGUUUGAAAAUAAUUUUUUUAAAAAUAUAUUUCGAUGAAAAUGUUGAGUCAUAUCGUUGUGGUGGAUAUUCCAUUUUAGUCCUUCCGUAUUAGUAUUCAUUAUUAUUUUAGGAAUUUAUAUUAAGUUAAUGCAGUAAAUAGAAAAAUAUCAUUUUAUCAAGAUGAUCUUAACAUUUUUCUACCUGAUAGCGACAUCAAUUCAGUCCAGAAGAAUUUUAUUUUUAAAAACACAUUUGUACAAAUUGUUUCAAGGAAAUACAAUCAAUUAUCCAUCAGUUAUGUUUUAUAACAAAGGAUCGUUAAAUUCUUGUAAAGAAUCAAAAUCGCGUGUAGAUGACUACGAGAACGAUGAAUUUAUGACUUCUAGUUUAUGUGAGAAUAAAAGUGAUGCUAAACUUGAAGAAUUAUUAUGGUAUCGUGGUGAUACAAGAUUGUGCACUAUAUACCCUCAACAAAAAGUUGACAUCUCAAGUUGGUUAACAUACCAGUAUGGAAAAACAUACUUUCCUUUGUAUGCAAAUAAUCACUGUGGAACUUUAUUCCAUUCCGAAUACAGACUUUAUAUUCUUGUUGAAGCUGAUCUUGAGAGUUAUAAACCCCUAGCAGCAACUAAAGCCACAAAGGUUGAAGAUUAUGGUAUAAUUAUUACAUGGACGGCUGAUAAAAAUAUUGAUUUAAUCAUAGAAUCUGAUUUAGAUAUGGUCGCGAAAUUUUUUAUUGCAGCGAUGGAAGGUCAAUGUUACAUUAAUAAUGGCCUGUUACUAAAACGUAUAGAAACUGUCUUGAUAUCAGGAAAACCUUGCCUUUACAAUAACGACUUAUUGAAUUCGCCUCCAACUAAAAAAUUUAUAGAUAAAGCAGAAUGGGAAAUGCACAUAGAAAAACUAAGAUCGUUAAGCAGUACUGCCAGAAUAGCUAGAGAAGAAUGCAAACCAGUUGAAGUUAAUGAAUUGCCAGCUGUAGUAGUGUAUCCAGAAGAUAUAUCGAGCAUGCCAGGAACACACUUUAAGUCACAAGCAGUUUCAACUGAAACUCUAGAUGGUACAACUAGAAGUCAAGCUUCAACACCGUCUUCUACAAAAACAUCUCAACAAGGAAGUGAGAUGUUUUCAAGUGCGAUGCUAGAUUCUACUGAUGAUUUCACUGUAUUUCAAGGCGUAUCACGAUCUGGCAGCAAAUCGCUUGAUAUGCUUGAUAACUUGGAAGAAACAUCUCAGAAUACACAGUUUAGACAAGUCUCUUGCAUUGAUAUUAAAGAUAUGAGUAAACUGAAACCAAAAACGUUUUACGAUGCUAAGGAUAGUAAUGUAGCAUCAUCUACAACUAGUUUUAAGAGUUCAAUUGCAGAAAUAACAACACAAUUAUCGAGUAAAAACGUAAAACCACCGAAUGUUCUGAUAUAUGCUGACAGCAUUAUUGCACGUAAUAACGUAAGGGAUGUAUUAGAAGAAUCCCUUGGCACAGAUAAGUAUGCUAUUUACACGUUGACUUCAGAUGAAGCACAUAGUGACGCGUGGAUAGAAAAUGCAGCGUUAGUUGUUGUUUGUGGAAAUGUUGGCAAUGAGAUUGGAAGUCAGAUUAUUGAAUAUAUUCUUCGUGGUGGUAAACUUCUCGCUUUAUGCUCUGAUAUAAUUCACAUUUUGCUUCCAUCAUUUAAAACGGCAGAAGUACGUGAAAAUGAACUGGUUCACUUUUCUUAUGGAAAAUGGAAGCAUGUUCGCAUGAUGCAUCAUAUCUUUUGUUAUCAAGCAUCUCCUGUAAGGACUAGGUUUUCUCAGGAGAACGAGGAUGUCAAAGUGUCUAGUGUGUCUCCUCCAACAUCUGCAAAUGUGAAAGAUAAAAAAGGAAAUUCACAUUCGUUUGAAGUGAAAGUGUUGGGAACAGAGGAAACAUGGCAUACGCCAAGCAUUUUAUUAGCAACACUUUCGAGAAGCAGUGGUAAAGUUGUUUUUUCUCAAAUACAUCUGGAAGUCGAUCCAAUGCAAUAUGAACUUGAGGAAAGCAAAUAUAGUGCUUUGAAAGAAAGUAAUGCUAUCAGGUUGGAAAUAUUUAAGGACCUUUUAAAUAUACAUCUUGGAAUAGAACUUCGUAGUGCUUCAAAAAUAUCUGUCACUUACACACCAGCUUUCUUUUUGGGACGAUAUGAGUUAAAGUUGGAAAUGUUAGAAAGAUUAAAGCAUAUUAUGAAGUCGGAUGAUACUUUAAAAAUUUCAAAAUUAGAAGUUCAGUUUUGUCGAAGCAGUACUGUUCCUCGCUCAGCAUCAUCUUCAUUCCUUCCUAUAAUGGUACAUCAAUGUCCAGAUAAUUUCUCAACUGUAGAAUAUUUUGAGAAUUUAAAUACAAAAGAUUUAGGUCGUUUAGUAAUAUAUGCAGAUGUAAUGUCAUCAUCAAUGAAUGUAUUUAAUGGUCAUCAGUUACAACAUGGUUUAGCUGUUAUUGUUCGUCAACAAACUGAGGGGCGAGGAAGAGGAAAAAAUGCAUGGUUGAGUCCAAAAGGAUGUGCGAUGUUUUCUGUGCAACUCCACAUACCUGCUAGUACAAUACUUGGAAAUCGUAUUUCAAUUUUGCAACACUUGGUCUCUGUUGCGGUUGUGUCUGCUAUUAAAUCUUUGCCUGAAUACGAGGAGAUAGAUCUCAGAUUAAAAUGGCCUAAUGAUAUUUAUGUUGGUAAUGAUAUUAAAAUUGGAGGUAUGCUUAUAAGCACACACGUAAUGUCAAGUCUUCAUAUUUGUAAUGUCGGAGUUGGAGUGAAUUUAUUUAAUGAAAAACCUACAUGUUGCAUUAAUGACAUAGUUAAUAUGUUCAAUGAAAAGUAUAAGAAAAAGCUGAAACCAAUAUCAUAUGAACUAUAUUUUGCCAUUGUAUUUAACGCAAUGGAAAAGUGGUUGAACACUGUACAAAAGGGUGAUAUUGAUCUCUUCUUGGAUGCUUAUUAUACAUAUUGGAUGCACACUGAUGCGGAUGUGACAGUGGUAUCUACAUCGGGUGCAUCGCAAAAUGUUAGAAUAUUAGGUAUAGAUGAGUUUGGAUAUUUACGUGUACGAUCAGAGGAUGGCAGUAUAUUUACUGUACAUCCUGAUGGUAACAGUUUUGAUUGUCUCAAAGGUCUCAUAGUCCCUAAGUAAAAUUAGAAUCUCCUAGAGUUACAACUUUGUUGAAGAUGUUCAAAUAAUUAAUUGUAUAUUGUUGUUCUUUUUUAUUUUUAUACGUCGUGUGCAUGUAUGUUAAAUUAUUAUAAGCUACAUUGUAAUCAAACGGUAGUUGUUCAAAAUGCUACUAUAGUUACUUAUUUAUUAUCAGUUGCCUAUAUAUAAAAACUAUGUUUGUUCGAAUUGACAUGUUGUUACACAGUUUGAUGUAAUAUUUUAUUUAAAAGAGAAAUAAUAAAGCACUUUGUUAAGCAAUAAAAAACAACAAAAGUA